CCUCACUGUACUGAACAUCAAUAAGUUGUAUUCAUCUGAUUGACUAGUGUGAAACCAUGAGAACAUUCCUUGUCCUUGCCGUCCUUGCUGGGCUUAUUGCCGUCGCAUUUGGAGAGUCCUGUGGGCCAUCACAGUGCGUGCACACACAAUGUGACGCAACCUCCCAGCUACACUGCGUGGAUGGUUUGUGCACAUGCACCGUUCAGGGGUCCAGCACUUGUUCCGCCAAAGAUGAUUGUCCACACUGUGACAACAAUCGACACCGCCAUUGCAUUGACGGAACUUGUCAUUGUGAGCGAUUCUAAAGGAACUAUGGAUAAUAAAAUAAAACAUAAAAUUA